UCGUUUCGACGGUCACAUUGAGCACCGCGUGCAGUGAAUUUUUUGGCUCGCAGCACAGAAAAAAAGCAGCUGAAAGCUGGAAAAAAGCAGCAGAAUACGCCGUGCCGAAAUAAUAGAAACGCGCGCUCGCCAUACAGACGAUUGUCAAACGUUUGCUGUUUUUCAUUUUGGGGCCCCGAAUCCGGAAUAUGAGUGAUACGCGCGAGCAGAUUCUGGAGCAAAUCAAAGUGCAAGGCGAUCUCGUCCGUCAAUUGAAAGCAGCGAAGGAGUCGAAGGAGAAGGUUUGAAAAGUUGCAAAAGAAAGUUGUUGCAAAAGAGAAAAAUAUAAUUAAGAAAGCAAAAACAAAAACACAUGUUGCGUUCAAUUGGCCGCCAGUGGCGCUGUAGUGCUGCGUUUCAGUGUGCAACGUUCCAGACGGCGCCCUCUGGCGGCGGGCGCCUCAACUCGUCCGGCGUUCCAGCCCAACAACAGCAACAACAACAGCCACAAAAACAACAACAAGCACAAGAACAACAACAACAAGAACAACUGCAUCAGAUCGAUGAGGAAGUCUCCCGCCUGCUGGCCCUCAAGGCCAAACUGGGCGGAGAUGCCCCGCCCGCCAAUCAAAAGUUCACGCUGAAAACGCCCAAGGGCACCAGGGACUAUGGUCCCCAGCAGAUGACCUUGCGCCAAGGUGUCCUGGACAAGAUCGUUCAGGUGUUCAAGCGCCACGGCGGCGAGGCCAUCGAUACGCCCGUUUUCGAACUAAAGGAAGUGCUCACUGGCAAGUACGGCGAGGACUCAAAGCUGAUCUAUGACCUUAAGGACCAGGGCGGUGAGAUCCUCUCGAUGCGUUACGACUUGACCGUACCGCUGGCCCGUUAUCUGGCGAUGAACAAGAUCUCGAGCAUCAAGCGCUACCACAUCGCCAAGGUCUAUCGACGCGACAAUCCGGCGAUGACGAAGGGUCGCUAUCGCGAGUUCUACCAGUGCGACUUCGACAUCGCCGGCACCUACGAUCCCAUGCUGGCGGAUGCCGAGUGCGUCAAGAUCGUGUCAGAGAUCCUGGACACCCUGGACAUUGGGGAUUAUGUGAUAAAGCUCAAUCACCGCCAACUGCUGGACGGCAUGUUCCAGGCGUGUGGAGUGCCGGCGGACAGCUUCCGCACCAUUUGCUCGGCGGUGGACAAGUUAGACAAGUCCCCCUGGGCGGAUGUGCGCAAGGAGAUGGUAGAGGAGAAGGGCCUGGACGAGGCGGCCGCGGAUCGAAUUGGGGAGUACGUGCGACUGAGUGGCGGUGCCGAGCUGGUGGAACAGCUGCUGGCCGACGAGAAGCUGAAGGCUGUGCCCAAUGCGGUCAAGGGGCUCGAAGGCAUGCAGCUGCUGCUCAAGUACUGCUCCAUUUUCGGACUGGAGAAGCGCGUUAGCUUCGAUUUGAGCUUGGCCCGUGGGCUGGACUACUACACCGGUGUGAUCUACGAGGGUGUGCUCAAGGGAGAGUCCGCCUCCGUGGCCUCGCCGGCGAAGACAUCACAGCAGAACGGAGAGCAGGCGAGCAAUGAGCCGGCCACCGUGGGAUCCGUUGCAGGAGGAGGUCGCUACGACAAUCUCGUUGGCAUGUUCGAUCCGCGUGGCAAGGCUGUUCCCUGUGUGGGCGUCUCCAUUGGCGUGGAGCGCAUCUUCUCGGUUCUCGAGGCGCGGGCUGCAUCCAGUGGUUUGAAGCUGCGCACCAGCGACGUGGAGGUUUACGUGGCCUCCGCCCACAAGGGAUUGCACGAGCAGCGACUGAAGGUUUUGAAUCUGCUGUGGGAUGCGGGCGUUAAGGCGGAGCACUCUUACAAGCUGAACCCGAAGCUGCUGGUGCAGCUGCAGCACUGCGAGGAGCACCAGAUACCCCUGGUGGUGGUUCUGGGCGAUGCGGAGCUGGCACAGGGAUUGGUGAAGCUGCGCGAGGUGACCACGCGCCAGGAGGCCAACGUUAAGCUGGAGGAUUUGGCCACCGAAAUCCGGCGACGGCAGCAGGCCGCCUAGGCUGUUCAACUUAUACAUUAUUUUUUUUUUGGCACUGAUAUUAGCAACAGAUUACCGCUCCCGCUCCUAAUUUAUGAACCAUCCAGCAUCAAGCAUAUAUUUUUUGUUUCCUAUUUUGUACGUUUUGUAUUUAUGGUGUCCUGGCCGGAGGCGCCGUGUGCUACUAUGCUUAGGACUACAGUGUAACCAUAGGAAUAAGUGCGGACAACUUAUACCAAAAUGAACGCUAAAAAGAAACAAAUAAACGCUAAAGCGACUCGCAUUUAAGCCGGAA